CGACGUGGACUCAGAAAUAUAUUAAAUUUUUAGUUAUAUUUAAUUUAAACAACAAUAAAAAUAAAACAUUAGUGCUAUAACACGAAGAGCUGUAGGCCUGAGCCACGCUUGUGAAAAAAUUGCAGCACACGUAGUUAAUUAGCGAGACACAAAAAGAGAAGGCGGUGAAAGAAGAAGAGUCAACUACAAAGUGCAAGUGCUGGUCAAGUAUUCCAACGCCCUUUUUCCAGCGUUACAAAUAAUUUGACAACAUUUCAUUGCCAAUAGCAAAGCUGUAUCUCAUGAAUUGGCAGUGAUUGGAGUCCAACAUGUCCGCUUACAAUACAAACUAUGCACCGCCCUUGGUAAACGGCAACCAAGCCGGCUUACUGAAUGGCCAACCUCCAACGCAACAUCAACAACAACUGCUCCUUCUACAACAGCAACAGCAGCAGCAACAACAACAACAGCAGCAGCAGCAGAUACAACAAAAACCGGUGCAGUUUGCAGCAACACAGCCCAUGCAGUAUGCCACGUCCGCGUUGCCACAACUAAACAGCAAUGUGAUGAACAAGUAUAUGCCGCCACCGCUUAAUAAUGCAGCAGCAGCAAACUUGCGACCGCCCACGUUAAAUGGACCAACGACGGCAGCACCUGCGGCCAUCAAUGGCAGCAAUGGAGCUUUUAGCGCCAACUCCUCGCGCACUGCUUCGCCUGGUUUAUUGCGAGUAGCGGCAGCAGCAGCAGCACCACCACCACCAGCGUUAAACCUCUCCAACAAGCCGCAGUAUGCGGGACUGCAUCCUCAGCAGGCACCUCCGCCGCCGCCACAGAAACCAAUGCAACAACCACAGCAACAACCAACUCAGCCCAUGCAACAAUCACAUCAACAACCGAAGCAACAAUCACAUCAGCAACCUAUGCAAUCUGCCAAUCCGUUAGGCAACUUGUCAAACAACAUGCAGAACUUGAAUUUAAGUCAAAGCAAUAGCCCCGCCAUGACGCCAGGCGGACCCAUAGUGAGCAGCCCACUGUCCCGCAAGGAUUUCCGCGGCGUAGCUGCUGGCUUGGCUGGACCCACUGCCCAACUGGACAAUACCGGCGCUAACACGCUGCUCUCUUCAAGCGGAUUGGCGCCCACUAUGCAAAAUACCAUGGCAGUGCCCUUUGGGAACGUCGUGCCCAACAACGCGCGGCCGGCAACUGUGUUUGGCGCUGGUGGCCCGCAGCCUAAAAUGGCAGACAAAUCGCAGCCUUCGCAGCGUCCCAAAGUGAUGUAUGGCGUGCCACCGGCAGGAAUUGCAACCACACCAAAUUGGGAGCAGAAUAACAAUGCGCCAACGGUCAUGCAGCCACCACCACCACCACCAAUGUCGCAGCCGACAAGUUUUCCGCCAACAAGUCCAGUAAGCGCAGCACAGAUGCCUCCACCACCACAAACAAGCUACGCGCCCACAAGUCAAGCGAGCGCAUCUCAAGCACAGCUGCCGCCCUUUGGACCACCACCAACAACUGCGCCGCCCCAGCACCAAGCAAGACAAUAUCCCUAUACACAGGGCUAUCCUGCGCAGGCGCAGCCUCCUCCUCCACUACAGCAGCAACAACAACAACAGCAGCAGCAGCAACAACAUGCGCAAAAGCAGCAGCAGCAGUUGCCUCCACCAGGCAUGUUUGGCACUCAGCAGCAGCCAAGCAGCGCUCCGUUGCAAUAUCAAGCGCAAAAUGCGCCACUUAACGUUGCCCAGCAAGGAUUCAGCCGUCUCUGGGGGCAGGACACGAUUGAUUUAAUGCAGAAUCGGCACAUAUUAACGCCUGCCACAUUGCCGCCACCAAAGAUUGUGCUGCACAAUCAAUUUCAUGAGUCGAUCAAUUGCAAUCCAAGCAUCAUGCGCUGCACCCUGGCCAAAAUUCCCGAAAGCAAUUCGCUGCUGCAGAAGUCAAGGCUGCCCCUUGGCAUUGUCAUACAUCCAUUUAGGGAUAUUAAUAGCCUGCCCGUGAUACAGUGCGUCAACAUUGUGCGCUGCCGCUUGUGCCGCACCUACAUCAAUCCCUUUGUCUACUUUGUGGACAGCAAAAUGUGGAAAUGCAAUCUCUGCUAUCGGGUCAAUGAGCUGCCCGAAGAUUUUCAAUUCGAUCCGGCAACCAAGACGUAUGGCGAUGUGACGCGCCGACCGGAGGUGCGUUCCAGCACCAUUGAGUUCAUUGCACCCUCGGAGUAUAUGCUGCGUCCACCGCAGCCGGCCAUGUAUCUGUUCCUCUUCGAUGUCUCGAUCAUUGCACAGCAGAGCGGUUACUUGGAUGCGGCGUGUGCGGUGCUUAAUCGCCAUCUGGAUGAGAUGCCUGGCGAUGCACGCACCCAAGUGGGCUUCAUAUGCUACGAUAGCUAUGUGCACUUCUACAGCAUGGCCGAGGGUCUCAAUCAGCCGCAUGAGAUGACGCUGCUGGAUAUUGAUGAUCCGUUUCUACCGCGUCCAGACAGUUUGCUGGUCAAUCUGAAGGAGUGCAAAGAGCUGGUCAAGGAUCUGCUCAAGCAGCUGCCCAAGCGCUUUGCCCACACACACGAUCCGGGCUCGGCACUGGGCUCUGCCCUACAAGUGGCCUUCAAGCUAAUGCAGUCAUCUGGUGGACGCAUAACUGUAUUUCAAUCGUGCCUUCCCAACAAGGGACCUGGAGCGCUGGAGCCUCGCGAAGAUCCAAACAAUCGUUCGUCCAAGGAUGUGGCACAUCUGAAUCCGGCUACAGAUUUCUACAAGCGCUUCGCGCUGGAGUGCUCCGGCUAUCAAGUGGCCGUCGAUCUGUUUCUCAUGAAUCAACAGUACAGCGACAUGGCCACAAUAUCGGGCAUAAGCAAGCACAGCGGCGGCUGCAUACACCACUUUCCGCUUUAUCAGAGGACCAAGCCGCACAUGGUGGACAACUUUAAGCAGUGCUUCAAGCGCUAUCUGACACGCAAGAUUGGCUUCGAGGCGGUCAUGCGCAUUCGCUGCACUCGUGGCCUGCAGGUGCACACAUUCCAUGGCAAUUUCUUUGUGCGCAGCACGGAUCUGCUCUCGCUGCCCAAUGUCAAUCCGGAUGCCGGCUAUGGCAUGCAAAUAUCUUAUGAGGAGAGCCUGACGGACGUGAAGACCAUUUGUUUCCAGGCCGCGCUGCUCUAUACGAACAGCGAGGGGGAGCGACGCAUACGUGUGCAUACGAUUUGCUUGCCUGUGACGGCGUCGCUGCCGGAGGUUAUGCAUGCGGCAGAUACGGAGGCCAUCAUUGGUUUGCUCUCCAAAAUGGCUGUGGAUCGCUCGAUUACAUCGAAUCUGUCGGAUGCACGCGACGCAUUCAUCAAUGCAACCAUCGAUGUGUUCAACGCGUUUAAGAUUGCGCAGAAUCUUCCCUCCGGUCAGUCUGGGCAGCUAAUCGCGGCGCGUAGCCUAGCUCUAUUGCCGCUCUAUAUACUAGCGCUGCUCAAGCAUCCCGCUUUUCGUGUGGGCACCAGCACACGCUUGGAUGACCGCGUGUUUGCCAUGGACAGCAUGAAAACGUUGCCGCUGGACCAGCUUAUGAAGUACAUCUAUCCGGAGCUGUACAAGAUCGAUGUGCUAGUCUAUCAUGCACGCAACGCAAAUGUGAGUACAACGCAGGAUGACGACGACGACGAUGACGAACCUUUGCCGGAAGUGCCACGCCUGCAAUUGUCUGCCGAACACUUGGACUCGCGUUCAAUAUUCUUGAUGGACUGCGGCUCGCUGAUAAUGCUCUACGUCGGCCUCAAUGUGCCCGCUGAUGUGCUGGACAAACUAUUCGGCAUAAGCUCGACGGCGGAACUGGCGGAUUAUGUCUACGGCCUGCCGAAUGUGGUCAGUGCCGAAAGUGAUGUGCUCAAGCGUUUUAUUCUACGUUUGAAUUAUGACAAACCGUAUGCACCUCUAGUGCAAAUUAUCAGGGAUACCAGCACGGCCAAGGGGCAAUUUAUUGAAAGAUUAACCGACGAUCGCAGUGAAUCUAGUUUGUCGUACUAUGAAUUUUUGCAACACAUACGCUCUCAGGUUAAAUAGUAUAUAAGCCGAAAAUCCUACUAUAAUUGUAUACAACAUAAAUACGAGUUUAUUCGAACCUAAAGCGCUGGUGGUGUCCAAUGCCCAGCCAGCCAGACAGCCAGCUAGCCAGGCAGGCAGGCAAUUGAUUUGUGAAUUGUAUGUGCAUCCAAUUUCCGCAAAGAAAAAAACAACAACAACACAAAAGUAAACAAUGUAAAAGCAAGAAAAUGUCUAAGUCUAAGUUACAGUCGCAGGUGCUAAUUAACGCGCUGCUAAUUCUAAAUAGCUGUACCCCUGGUCUAGUUAAUUUAAAAGUGCAUAAUGUAUUUAUUAUUAUAUUAUAUAUUAUUUGUUGAUUUUUUGUUGCACUAAAAAGAAACGAAAUGCAAGCAAAGCAAACGAAUUCAAUUUGAGUAAAAAGACGUGAGGAUAACAACUUGUCAGAGCCAGCAGCGUAUCAACACUUAGUCCUUAUAACCUGCAAAUACUAGUUAGUGGAGCGAGAGCAGCAAAGUUAUUUAUUAUAGCGAGUACACAAUUCGAUUUAGUCACAUGCACUUGCAAAAGUUAGAAAA